CUCUCGCGAGAUAACGAACGGCCAUGCCGUCCCCCGCGCCUCUAACCGCCGCGCCUCCCCCGCUCCUUCCCGCCAAAUCCAAGAACCCGCCACCGCACCACCCGCUCUUCUCCCACCUCCAGCACUGCGCCAGCCUCAGGGCGCUCGCUCAGCUCCACGCCGCCGCCGUCAAGGCCGGACUCGCCGCGCACCCGGCAUUCGUCUCCAGGCUCCUCACGCUCUGCACCGCGCCGGGCGCGCCCCCGGCCCACCUCGCCUACGCCCGCCAGGUGUUCGACCGGGUGCCCCACCCGGCGGACGCCGUCUGGUAUAACACGCUGCUGCGCGGCUACGCGCGCUGCUUCCCCUCCUCCUCUGCCGCGGCGGCGGCGGAGGCGGCGCGGGUGUUCGUGCGGAUGCUGAAGGAGGGCGUCGCGCCGGACACGUACACGCUCGUGUCGCUGCUCAAGGCGUGCUCUGCGGGGCGCGCGGGGGAGGAGGGCCGGCAGGCGCACGCCGUGGCGGUCAAGGUCGGCGCCGCGGGGCACGAGUACGUCCGCCCCACGCUGAUCAACAUGUACGCCGAGUGCGGGGACGUGCGAGCCGCACGCGUGAUGUUCGACGGGGUGGACGGGGACUGCGUGGUCUCGUACAAUGCGAUGAUCACGGCAGCCGUGAGGAGCAGCCGGCCCGGGGAGGCGCUGGUGCUGUUCCGGGAGAUGCAGGCGAAGGGGCUCAAGCCGACGUCCGUAACGUUGAUUAGUGUGCUCUCAGCGUGCGCAUUGCUGGGGGCUCUGGAACUGGGGAGGUGGAUCCAUGAUUAUGUCCGGAAGAUAGGGCUUGAUUCCCUCGUGAAGGUCAACACUGCGCUGAUUGACAUGUACGCAAAGUGUGGAAGCUUGGAGGAUGCCAUUGCUGUGUUCCAGGGGAUGGAAUCUAGAGAUAAGCAAGCUUGGUCCGUGAUGAUCGUGGCGUACGCUAACCACGGCUAUGGCACAGAGGCUAUUGCGCUGUUUGAAGAGAUGAAGAAGCAAGGGAUAAAGCCUGAUGAUGUAACAUUCCUCGGUGUGCUCUAUGCCUGCAGCCAUUCUGGUUUGGUGACCGAAGGGCUCCAAUACUUUGAUGAUAUGAAAGACCAUGGCAUCAUUCCAGGGAUCAAGCACUAUGGUUGUGUGACAGAUUUGCUAGCUCGAUCAGGACAGCUUGAAAGGGCCUACAAGUUCAUUGAUGAACUGCCAUUAAAGCCCACCCCCAUCCUAUGGAGGACGUUGCUUUCUGCUUGUGGAGGCCGUGGAGAUGUUGAUCUUGGCAAACAUGUCUUUGAGAGGAUUCUUGAGCUGGACGAUUCUCAUGGUGGUGACUAUGUAAUAUUCUCGAAUUUGUGCGCUAACACUGGGAGUUGGGAAGAGAUGAAUAGGGUAAGGAAGCUGAUGAAUGAAAAAGGGGUGGUAAAGGUGCCAGGCUGUAGCUCAAUCGAGAUAGAUAACACGGUUCACGAAUUCUUCUCAGGAGAUGGAAGGCAUCCAAAAUCACAAGAAGCGCGCAGAAUGGUUGAUGAAGUGAUUGACCAACUAAAACUGGUUGGUUAUAUCCCUAAUACUUCACAUGUGUUUCAUGUUGAAAUGGGUGAGGAGGAGAAGGCAACAAGCCUAAGAUACCAUAGUGAGAAGCUGGCAAUUGCUUUUGGGCUUCUAAAUACAUCUCCAGGAGCUACCCUACGUGUUGUCAAGAAUCUCCGUGUAUGUCUAGACUGUCAUUCGAUGGCAAAACUUGUCUCGAUGGUUUUUAAUAGGCGUAUCAUACUUAGAGAUCUCAAUCGUUUCCACCACUUUGAGAAUGGAGUCUGCUCUUGUGUUGACUACUGGUAGAUUUUAGGAACAUAUUAGUUGUACUCCAAUAUCUUCCUGGCCGCCAUGCCUUAUACUCAGGUACGAUGAAUCUGUAUAUCCAUGUAUAACUUACUGAUGAUUGAAGAUUUUCCUUUUUCAAA